AUGUCGUUACAUAAAGGGCGAAGGAGACAGGAGGAACAACAGAGGAGAAGGCCCAAGGGGAGACUAUGCCGAUCGACUAAGGGGAAGACGAAGGAGCGAGGGACCAUGCCAAGAAGAACGGCCUCCAAACCCCCAAGGAACGAGCGGCAAGAACAGGUAGCAGAAGGCGUUCAAGCUGCUGGCCCAGCUAUUCUCACCAUCUUUGGGGGGCCAAACCGUGAAUCAGGAAGAAAAGCAAAGGCCCACGCCAGGUCUGUAGGAAUAGCGGAAGCUGGAAGAAAGAAAACUAAGACCGCCCCCACAAUCUCCUUCGACGACAGCAACAUGGAGGGAAUUAGUUGGCCACACGACGAUGCGGUCGUAAUUAAAGUCAUCAUAGGAAACAGAGAGAUGCAUCGAAUCCUCGUCGACACGGGAGCAUUGGUGGACAUGUUGUCAUACGACGCCUAUAAGCAAUUGGGACUCCCAGACGACAAGCUACAAUACGAAGGGACCUCGCUCGAUGGUUUCUUCGGAGCAUCGGCACCUAUAAAAGUGUUGGUCAGACUAACUGUCACGAUUGGAAAGAGACCGUACACCACCACGGUACUGGUUGACUUUAUGGUGGUAAAGGUGGCAUCAGCUUUCAACGCCAUCCUAGGUUGUAAGAGUCUCAACGAAAUGGGAGCUAUAGUGUCGACGAAGCAUCUCAAAAUGAAGUUCCCCACAUAA